UUUCUUUUUAACGAGAGAAUCAUAAAAAUCAAAACUUUUUUUCUUUUCUGAUUAAAGAGAAAAAGGUCGAAACUUUCCGAUUCUUGCUAAUUUCUCCUAUUUCUUGUUUUGUCAAAUCUAUCUUUAGGGUUUAUCACUCUCUUCCUCCUACGAUUCAGUUUCCCGAUCGCUAACUGCUGGAGAUGGCUGAGGAGAGGACCUUGAACGGCGAAGCGACUAGCCAGGAAGAUGAGAGUUUCUUCGAUUCUGAUCAUCAAGACGGUGUCGGCAACAAGUCCACGGAAUUGAAUCGCAAGAUUGGAGAGCUCGAGUCUCAAAAUCAAGAGCUUGUGCGUGAUAAUGGUGAGAUCAGUAAGAAAAUCGAAAGCUUGACUGCGGAGAUCGAGGAGCUGAGAGCAGCCGAAUCCAAGGCGAAGCGUAAGAUGGGUGAGAUGGAGAGGGAGAUUGACAAGUCUGAUGAGGAGAGGAAGGUUCUCGAAGCCAUAGCUGCCAGAGCUUCCGAGUUAGAGACUGAAGUUGCUCGGGUUCAGCAUGAACUGAUCACGGCUAAGACUGAAGGGGAAGAGGCUACGGCGGAGGCGAAGAAGCUUCAGUCUGAGAUUUCACAGAAAGGGGUUGGGAUUGUGGAAUUGGAGAAAGAGGUCGCUGGUUUAAGGAUUGUUAAAGAGGAGAACGAGAAGAGGAUGAAGGAGUUGGAGACGAAGCUUGGUGCUUUGGAGGUGAAAGAGUUGGAGGAGAGGAACAAGAAGGUUCGAGCAGAGGAAGAGAUGAGAGAGAAGAUUGGAAAUAAGGAUAAGGAGAUGGAUGAUUUGAAGGAGAGGAUUAAGGGUUUGGAAUCAGAUGUAGCCAAAGGGAAAGCAGAGUUGCAGAAGUGGAUCACAGAGAAGAUGGUUGUGGAAGAGGCGUUAAGAGACUCGGAGAAGAAAGUGGUAGCUAUGGAAUCUGAGAUUGUGGAGUUACAGAAGCAGAUGGAUGAUGCUGAGAAGAUGAUUAGUGGAUUGAAGAAUGUGGUUGAGCCAGUUAAUGGGAUUGAGCUUAAGUCGUGGUCACCGACUGUGAGUGCUGGUUCUGGUGGAGCUGUGGCUGCGGUUGCUGUUGCAGUGGCUGGAGUGGCAGUUGUCUGUUACGUUUUACACUCGAGGAGGGUUUGAUUCGAGGUAGACUUUUAUGAAAUUUGAUUUCUUUGUUUUUGAAAGUGUUUCCUUACGUUAUAUGUUUGGGAAUUUGAUUGGUUUCACAAAUUUUGGAGUCUUCUUUAGUGUGUGUUUGCUUA